UUUACUAAUAGAUAUUGAGUGUGUGACGUAAGAAGAAAGAGAACGUUCGCGUAACCUUGGAAUCCCAGCAGGUGGCAACGCUGCACUUUUAAUUACACAUACUGUGCGUUCAAGUGUAUUACAGAAAAUUGUAAUUGAAUUAUAAGUUUAAAUUAUAAUACCAAUUGGAAAGCGACAAACGUGCUGGCCGCAUAACUAGUUAACCGUUAUGGCCAAUCGCACGCGCACCAACACGACCAAGGUCGAGGCUCUCAUUGAGAGCUGUCGCAGCGAAGGCAAAUGGCAGCGCGUUAUCGAGCUGACGGACGAGCUGAAAUCGGGAUCGCCACAUAACGAAUGCUUGGCCAAUUUUUUGGUAGGCGAGGCACGUCUGGAAAGCUAUUUGGAAGAGCAUGCCGUGGCCGCCGAAUCGAACUUUGGCCGUGCCAAAAAUGGCCUGGCUGAAGCCAGACGUUACUUGAAUCUAGCUUUGGGGGAGAGUGGCCAGAAGGCGGGCAUAGCUUUGGAUGCAUAUUUGCUGCUAGCCAAGCUUUGCUAUGCUUGCGGCGAAUACGAGCAGAGUCUGGAGAACUUUAUCAAGGCGGAGCUGAAUACGCUGGCUGAAAAGGAGUUGACGCUGCGCAGCUUGAAGAUCUUGGCCGAAUCGUAUGCUAUUAAGGGACUCUGCUUGGAACAGCAAGCAUACAAACCCACGUCCAAGUUCAAAAAGGCCGAGAAGGAUACGGAAAUGAUCUGCUGCUUCGAGCGCGCCUCUGAUUUGGGUCUGCUCUACCUACAGGAAUAUGAUAUUGUGAGUGGAAGUAAUAGCUCCUCGAAUAACUCGACCGCGGGCUCCUUACUGAAUGUCGGCGUGCAGCAAUCGUUGAGUAGCUUUGCCAUUAGCAGCACCAUCCCGAGCAGCAGUGUAACCCUGGAGGUCAGUCGUCGUAUGGGCGCCAUACUGGAGACGGCGCUGCAGCGGGCGCCCAUUGUUCUAAUAAAGGCGGGCAAGCUGCAAGCAGCUGUGGAAAGAUAUCGCAUAAUGCUAAAUGCCAUUGAGACGCGAGCAACGCAAUCGUUGCGUUUGACGCUCGCCCGUCAGCUGGCCGAGGUGCUGCUCCGUGGAGUGUCGGGCACAAUCUAUGCGCCUCCUUUUACCACCAAGUCGGGUGGCAGUACUUUGCGUGGCGGCGGCGCCACCAAACGGCUAUGGAAGCCACGCAAAUAUGCAGCCAGGCAGCAAUUUACGCCACGCAAUCAACAGGAGGAGGUCAUUCUCCUGCUCCUGAUUGCCGAGGCACUUGCUGUUCGGGACACCGUACUAUCGCAAAGUCCAGAGUUUAAGCAAGCGCGACAACACGCCAUGGGCAAUGUAACGGCUGUCUACGAUCUGCUGACGCUGGCCACGAUACGCUGGGGUCUGGUGCAGCUGCUCAACGAAUCCUUCGAAAAGGCCCUCAAGUUCAGCUUUGGCGAGCAGCACGUCUGGCGGCAAUACGGACUUAGUUUGAUGGCCGCGGAAAAGCAUGCGCAUGCGCUGCGUGUUCUGCAGGAGUCGAUUAAACUGACGCCGGGAGAUCCGUUGCCUUGUCUGUUGGCCUCGCGCCUCUGCUACGAGAGUCUGGAGACGGUAAAGCAGGGACUCGACUAUGCGCAGCAGGCGCUCAAGCGGGAAGUUAAGGGUCUUCGGCCAUCCCGAAGCCAACUCUUCGUGGGCAUUGGCCAUCAGCAGCUGGCCAUACAGGCCACGCUCAAGAGCGAUCGCGAUAGUUACAAUAAAUUAGCGCUAGAGUCUUUAGAGCGUGCCGUCCAGCACGAUGGCAACGACCACCUGGCCGAGUACUAUCUGUCCCUGCAAUAUGCGCUGCUCAAUCAGCUAGGCGAGGCUCUGAGUCACAUUCGCUUUGCAUUGGCUCUACGCAUGGAGCAUGCACCCUGUCUGCAUCUGUUUGCUCUGCUGUUGACAGCUUCACGACGACCGCGCGAGGCGCUGGGCGUGGUGGAGGAUGCCCUGCAUGAGUUUCCCGAUAACUUGCAGCUGCUGCAUGUAAAGGCACAUCUCCAACUGAACCUGGAAGAUGCCGAGACGGCGCUGUCCACAGUGCAGCACAUGCUCGCCGUCUGGCGCGAGGUGUACGAGGCGCAGCUGGCAGGCGAGGAGGAAAAGCAUUCGGAUACCAAGAGCGGCAUCCACUUGAUUCACUCAUCGCAAAUGUCUGACAAGGAUUCGAAUUCUGUCUAUGCUGCUUCGCUGGCUGCAGUAUCGCGCGUGGAGCAGGCUCUCAGUGAGGCGGCCAGCUCGCUGAGCUCGUUUACACAAAGGCCGGGACCGCGCCGUCCCUGGAUGCUGCAAAUCGAGAUCUGGCUGCUGCUCGCUGAUGUCUAUAUGCGCAUCGAUCAGCCGAAUGAGGCGCUCAAUUGCAUACACGAAGCCACGCAAAUAUAUCCACUCUCGCAUCAGAUCAUGUUUAUGCGCGGUCAGGUUCAUGUGUACUUGGAGCAAUGGCUGGAUGCGAAGCAAUGCUUCUUGAAUGCCGUUGCCGCCAAUCCGAAUCAUACCGAAGCUUUGCGUGCUCUAGGCGAAACGCAUUUAAUAUUGGGCGAACCACGGCUGGCUGAAAAAAUGCUCAAGGAUGCUGCUAAAUUGGAUCCCAAUUGUCCAAAGAUUUGGUUCUCGCUGGGCCAGGUUAUGGAAACAUUAGGAGAUUACAAUUCAUCCGCCGAUUGUUUUGCCACGUCGCUGCAAUUGGAGCCGUCUUGUCCGGUGCUUCCGUUCACCACGAUUCCUUUAGUUUUCGAAUAGUCAUUUCGUGUGAACAUCUGCAUUUCGUUUUCUUUUCUGAUAUAUAUAUAUAUAUAUAAACCACACCAAAACUAACCUCAAAUGAACAACAAAAACAGACGAACCGAGCAAUAUUACUUUCUAGAAGAUUGAACGAUAUGUAUUUUUGAUUAUUUUAUUAUUAUUAAUUUAUUCCGUUGUUAUUGUCAGUAUUAGGACAAGCGUUGAUGGUGUAAAUCGUGUAUCGUGUAUCGUGUAUCUGUGUAAAUUAUUAGCUACUCCUAUUCGAGAAUGUUUAACUAAGCCAAUUAUCUAUUAUUAACUGAAAAGCGUAAUUGUAUUUAAAUUACUUCAUUCAUAUUAAUAUGAAGUCGGGAAUUUAUGCGAAACAAAUGUGUAU